AUGUCUGCACUUUUGGAAGAUAUCUUCGAUGUGAAGGAUGUUGACAAGGAUGGUAAAAAGUUCGACAAAGUCUCACGGUUAUUUUGUGAGAGCGAAUCUUUCAAGAUGGGUUUGAUUUUGGACAUACACGCACUUAUCUACAGUCUGACAAAGGGUGAUAAGUUCCGCAUGGUACUUACGAAGACAUUGUUAAACGACCUUGGUGUGGAUGCAGAUGACGAUGAUGAAGAUGAUGCCGCAGAUGAGACAGAUGAAAAGUUGGCAAACAGCAAAAUGGCUGAAUUCGAUUAUGUGUGCUACGGCAAAAUCUACCGAAUAGAAACGCAAGACAGUGGCAUUGAUGCAAGUCGAAUAUCAUGUUACGUUUCCUUCGGUGGUUUGCUUAUGCAGCUUACAGGGGAUGCUAGUAAUUUGCAAGGAUUUCGUGUUGGCAAACAUUUAUAUCUGAUGAUUAAGAAACUCGCCUUUUAA